UGCGAAGAGCGAAGGCAUUGGGCAUUCCUGACGAUUCCUGACACUGAGCGCACGAUAUUCCAUAAAUAUCCAUACAACACUCUUCUGUAUUAAAAUUCUCGUGAUAACCUUCGUAAACUUUACGCUGUAAUUCCAUGUUGAAGUAUGGUGAACUGACGUAAAAUUUCGUAGUGCUGCUGGUGCGCGAGUAACCUCCACAAGAAAAUUGAAUUGCAUCUCCUGAAGACAUGGAGUCCGAAAAAAUAAACAAUUUUGCUUUAAACGCAAGCACGAUAUUAAGAGCAUGUGCUUCGGCGAGCAACGAAGCCGAGAGAUUGCGAAGCCUCCAGGAAGACAAUCACUCCAAGUUAACGAUCGGGGCGUUUUUCGAAUUUAUGAGAACUGCGUAUCAAGUCAACGACAGCUGCGAGGGUCUGGCCACGAUACUGAGCGCCAACAGCGAAAUCGACUGGCACGAGUUAGCGAAGAUCAAUUUAGACCUAGAAACACGCGAGGACAAUGAUUGCAGCUCUAACACUCAAGAACGGCGAAACAAGAACGAUAAUCCCAUAAAGGCGUUAUUGAUGCAGACGAUAAAUAAUAAGGAAGCGAGUGCGUCUACGUCGAAGAGUGCGAUAAGCUCGCAGUCUUCCGCGAUAUCCUGUAAUAGUAUCUCUGACACGAGCAAUAAGAAUGGCUCGUCGAAGGAAUCUAUUGGCGUAGAGAAUUCUUUUAAAUGUUCAGAGACAGGAGAUGGCGUUAAAGAAACGAAUCAGUUACCCGAUAGUCAAGUCCAGAAUGAAAAGGAAAAAGCAUUGCAGACUAAGGAACGUUUAGAAGAGAGUGAAAGUGGUUUAGCGAAAGUCAUGAAGGAGAAUUUGAGAGAUAUUUUGCACGAAGGAUUACUGGACUCCGUUUUGCCGUACAUGCUCCCAAAGUCUGCUCUAUCACAGCCCGUUAUUAAAAAGUCUGCUGCAGUUACGGAUGUUAAAAAGAGUUCCUCUUUGAAUAACAUAAUUGAAAGUAAGACCUCGACCCAUAAGGAGAGAGACAAGGAAAAGAGCAAGGCGAGCAAGAAAUCGUCGGAGAGCGAAGUGGAAAUCCAUGUAUGCGACGAAGAUAAGAAUAUCAAAAAGAACUUUCGGUGUCCGCAGAAGCUUCUCAUACAGAAAAUGUGUUAUUUUGCUGACGUUACAGCGGGACAGAAGCUCGACGAGAUAGACAUAUCGGUACACUGCGACGUGGUUAUUUUCGACUGGCUGAUGAGAUGGGUGAAGAAGGAUAUCAUAAAGAAGUCAGAGUGGCCGGUUUUAGAGGCGAAUAACGUCAUUCCGAUCAUGGUAUCCGCCUGCUUUCUACAAAUGGAACCACUCUUGGAAAAUUGCCUUCAAUAUUGUCACGACAAUAUGGCAGAUAUCUUAAAGACGUCAACAAUCUUGACAUGUCUAGAUGAUAAUCUUCUCACAAGAUUGGCUGAUUUAUUUACUAACGAAGAUGUCGAAAUGCUAAAAGACAAGAAAGAUAAAAUUCAGAGUCGUUUGUUCUGUAAGUUAAUCAUGUCUCUAGUAGAGGCUACUCCAGAUAACAAAAAAGGACACUAUAGCUCAUUGGCUAUGAUGUUUAGAUGUGGAAAGUGUGGCAAGAAUGUUAUACAAUCGAUUUCCGAUUUUGUGCCUUGCAUUCCAAGUGCAAUGAAAAUUGAUAACAAGGGAGCUAUUCACAGCAAGCAUGUCAGAGAUUUGACAUGGACGUUGAACGAUUACAUCGUUGCCUUGCGAUCGGAGUUGCGUUCUUGGCGCAAAGUGUAUUGGAGAUUGUGGGGAGACUGCCAUUUCUUGUUCUGUCAAUACUGCAAUGUGUACUUCCCGAUACAUCAGCUUGGUUGGUGUUGUUACCAUCCAGAGCCUGCACAAUUCUUCGUAAACGAGCAACAAAGGCCUGUGCCUUUCCCAUUGGGAAGAUACCCGUGUUGUAGUCAAUCUGCUUAUAGAUUUGAAGCUUUACCCAAUCAAAGUGGAUGCAGAUACAAAGAGCACAUACCAGAUAUAAAAGGCGAGAAAGAAUCAAGUACGUUAAAUAUCCUGACAGCGCACAGAGAAGUGAUAACUUUGGAAGCACCCCAGCUUUUUUUCCCUGAAAAAAUCACACGGCUAGUAACACGCGACCCGUCUCUUCGUCCUGGCAAAUUAGUGUGCAAGGAUACAAUGUGGUGGAAUGGCAUAGAACUCGUGCCACAGAGACCAAAACUUGGUCUGCUCGGAAAGAUUUGGGGAGGUUCGGGACUUCGUCGAUUGCUCCAAGCGCAAGAUUCGCAAAAGUCUUUGCAGAAACUUUAUCGGCGAAUUUCCGUAACCACCGAUGUUUCAUCUCCCACUUCCUCGAUUACGGACGAGGACGACGAAGACGAUGGUGGGACCGUGUACGAUGACAGCGAGGACGACGAAUCUUACUACAGUGAAGAAUCCAAUACCUUAUGCGCUUUGAAAUCAACAGCUAAAGCAAAACAUCAGAAUAAUCACAAGAGCAACGGUAGAUGUUGGAGCGGAAACUUGAAUGUAAGACACAAUCAAGAUAAUCAGAGAGAUUUUGAGGAACGAGCCGCGGCGCAAAUGAUAGCUCUUCUGACAAAGAGAACAGUCACGGAAAACUUGCUAUCGAAAUUUAAUAACAAACAACACGUCUCUAAAACUAAACAACCUGUUGGUGGAACAUAUAUGAAAUUAGAAGCCGAGUUUCGCGAACGGUUAACCCAGUCUUACAAAUACAAGAAUCCUCUGGUAGGAAAGACUCGUAUCAAAUCAAAUAAAUCUUGAGCUGUAUGUAAACAUAGUUGAAGAUUCGUCUAAAGUGUUAAAUAAAUUUUGUUGUAAUUUUAUAUUAAGGAAGAAA